GCCUGCUGGAGGCCUCUGUAGGAAGAGGCUGGCGGUGGCGUGGGCUGCGACAAGACCCCUGUGGUCUGGCAGACUCCGCACCUGCGCCUCCCUCUCGCUGGGCUGGGCUCUCCGUUCAUUGGCCUCCGCCGUUGUUGGCUGCUCACCUCAUGAAUACGGGGCAGCUGGCGGCGCACUGCAGCUGAAUUCGUUGGCCGUUCAGCUGGGCCCCGGCGCAAUUGUGCGGGUGGCGCAGCGCCGACUCUCGCUCCUCGUGUGCCGCCCAUCCCGCACGGAGGGCUGCCGUGGACGCCGUAAAAAGCCCCCGAGGAGACUCCGGGCCCGGCAACACCGUGAAGGAAAUCAUUCAACCCCGCAACGCGGCAAACUCCGCGCGGUGGCCCCAAUCAAAAUCAAACAAAUGGAAUUCUCCCCCCUCCACGAUGAACACGCGCCCUCCGCGUGGGACGCCAAGUCUGGCGCAGAUGCCGGACUGAAAUAA